AUGGUCGCGCCCAUAGAGAAUAUAGGAAUCCAGACGGCGAAGUAUUGCAAUGUGGCCAGUCUAGGAGUUUUGAUUUUUGACUAUUUUCUAACGCUCGAACCUGAAAUUCGAUGGACAUGGAACAGGCGCUGGAACGUCGCUCGUGUUCUUUUCGUAAUCUCACGCUAUAUGGCCUUUGUAGCAGCUGUCCUGACUUCAUACGCUAUCCUUGCUACACGAGCGAACGAGAAUGACGACGAAUACAGUGCUCGAACUUCAGCAGGGCUUCAAAUGGUGAUCGAUACACUGAACAUUCAGCGGUUUGUCAUUGAUUUCAUUACAGCAAUUCAUAUCAUCAGUAUUAUAGCUGCUGAAGGUCUUCUGAUCAUUCGUACAUAUGCGUUCUGGAAACAGAGCAAAAAGCUUUUGGCAGUCUUACUGGUCUUGGCCGCAAUUUGCAUUGGGUGUGGUGUCGGUCUCACAGAUUUUGUCGGUGGCCUACUAGCGGUGCCCGUAAACCCCUCAGGUGGGUUUGCAUCAUUUUCUUUCCUUAUUGUAGACGAAAAAUGCGCUUUUCAAGCUCCCCCCACAAGCAACUGCACUUUUCAAGCGGGUCGGAGCAGUGCCAUUCAAUAUGGCUUUCUCGCGGCCUACGAAAUAUUGCUGUUGUUUUUGAUGGUGUUCAAGAGAUAUAAGGACUACAGAGAUUCUAACAGUCGUCUGGUGGGAGCAGUCUUCCAGGGCGGAGUGUGGUAUCUGACUCCCAUUAUCUCUGUUUCUGUGGCCAAUACACUAAUUACAAUUCUGGUGCCGCAAUCAUACAACGAGAUGCUGGACUUACCACAACUUGUCCUCCACAGUAUGUUGGCAUCUCGUGUGCUGUUUAGUCUGCGUGAAAGUGACCAGGAUGAAUUGGAUUGGGCGACGUUACAAAUGUCGACAUUUCGUCCAGCCCAGCAGGACCAAAGGCCCACUUCAUUUGAUUGA